AUGUAUCUGAAUAUGCUGUCAGGCUGUCAAGUCACAGAGGAAGGCUGUGCUUCUCUGGUCUCAGCUCUGAAGGCAAAUCCAUCACACCUGAGAGAGCUGGAUCUGAGUAACAAUGACCUGAAGGAUUCAGGAGUGAAGCUGCUCUCUGCUGGACUGGGGAAUCCCCACUGUAAACUGGAGACUCUGAGGCUGUCAGGCUGUCUAGUCACAGAGGAAGGCUGUGCUUCUCUGGUCUCAGCUCUGAGGUCAAACUCCUCACACCUGAGAGAGCUGGAUCUGAGUAACAAUGACCUGAAGGAUUCAGGAGUGGAGCUGCUCUCUGCUGGACUGGGGAAUCCCCACUGUAAACUGGAGACUCUGAGGCUGUCAGGCUGUCUAGUCACAGAGGAAGGCUGUUGUUCUCUGGUCUCAGCUCUGAGGUCAAACCCCUCACACCUGAGAGAGCUGGAUCUGAGCUACAAUCACCCAGGAGACUCAGGAGUCAGACUGCUCUCUGCUGGACUGGAGGAUCCACACUGCAGACUGGAGAAACUCAAUGUGGAACAUGGUGGAGAGUACACAAUGAAACCUGGCCUUAGAAAAUAUGCCUGUGAUCUCACACUGGACCCAAACACAGCACACAGACUCCUCUCUCUGUCUGAGGAGAACAGAAAGGUGACAUGUGGGAAGAAGAAGCAGCCGUAUCCUGAUCACCCAGAGAGAUUUGAGGUCUGCAGACAGGUGCUGUGUAGAGAGGGUCUGACUGGGCGCUGUUACUGGGAGGUAGAGUGGAGUGGGGGAUGGCCUGUUAUAGGAGUGACAUAUAAAGGAAUCAAGAGGAGAGGAGAGGGUAAGGACUGUGGGCUCGGAUGGAAUGACAAGUCUUGGAGUCUGUUCUGCUCUGACAACAGUUACACUGCCAGGCACAAUUAUAAUACCACUCUCAUAGACGUCCCUUCCUCCAGCUCCCACAGAGUAGGAGUGUAUCUGGACUGGUCAGCCGGCACUCUGUCCUUCUACAAAGUCUCCUCUGACACACUGACCCACCUGAACACAUUCUACACCACAUUCACUGAGCCCCUCUAUCCAGGGUUUUGGGUUUAUGAUGACUCUUCAGUGUCCCUAAUCAAACACAACACGCUAUUUUAAUAAAAUAUGAAAUAAGAAUAUAAAUGUAUUAAUAUAUAACUCUGUCUCACACACACUGGAAACACACACACACAUAGACACACAUACUGGACACACACACAAACUGGACACACACUGGAUACACCUGGACACACUGGACACACACACAAACUGAACACACACGCAAACACACUGGACACACACGCACAUUGGACACACACACACAGGACACACACACGCACACAGGAAGCACACACACACACACAGGACACCCACACACAGGACACACACACACACACAAACUGGACACACACACAUGCAAACACACUGGACACACACUGGACACAAACUGGACACACACCCGACACACACACUGGACGGACACACACUGGACACACACACACUGGACACACACAAACAGACACUGGACACCCACACAUGACACACACACACCUUGUGCACACACACAUACACUGAAUACACACAUACACCAGUUUGGGCCAUUCUAUUCCUGUAAAUACACUGAACAAAAAUAUAAAGGCAACAUGUAAAGUGUUGGUCCCAUGUUUCAUUCCGCUGAAAUAAAAGAUCCCUGAAAUGUUCCAUACACACUAAAAGCUGACAUGGUUUACAUCCCUGUUAGUGGGCAUUUCUCAUUCACCAAGAUAAUCCAUCCACCUGACCACUGUGGCAUAUCGAGAAGCUGGUGUCAUGUGGGUGAGCGGUUUGCUGAUGUAAACGUUGUGAACAGAGUGCCCCAUGGUGGCAGUGAGGUUGUGGGUAAUCAUAAACUACGGACAAUCAGCACAAGUGCAUUUUAUCAAUUGCAAUGUAUAUGCACAGAGAUACCAAGAUGAGAACCCAUUGUCGUAUCAUUCCUCCGCCUCCAUCACCUCAUGCAAGGAUCUAUACACAAUUCCUGGAAGCUGAAAAAAAUCUAUAUAUUUUCCAUGGCCUGAGAACUCACCAGAUAUGUCAGCCGUUGAGCAUGUUUGGGAUGCUCUGGACAGACGUGUACGACAGCGUGUUCCAGGUCAUGACAAUAUCCAGCAACUUUGCACAGCCAUUGAAGAGGAGUGGGACAGCAUUCCACAGGCCACAAUCUACAGCCUGAUCAACUCAAUGUAAAGGAGAUGUGUCGCAAUGCAUGAGGCAAAUGAUGAUCACACCAGAUACUGACUGGUUUUCUGAUCCACAAUCCUACUUUUAUACUAAGGUAUCUGUGACCAAUAGAUGCAUGUCUGUAUUCCCAGUCAUGUUAAAUUCGUAGAUUAAGGCCUAAUGAAUUUAUUUUCAAUUGAAUGUAACUCAGUAAAAUAUUUCAAAGUGUUGCCUGUUGCGUUUAGAUUUUAGAUCAGUAUAAUACAAAUGAGCAGUUUAAAAUGUUUUAUGUUUAUGAUGUUAGUAACAUGAAGUCAUUCCAUCCUUUCACUAAAUGGUAGUAACACUAAGUCAUUCCAUCCUUUCACUAAAUGGUAGUAACACUAAGUCAUUCCAUCCUUUCACUAAAGAUCUAAAGUAACUUUUUAUUGACAGAUGCCUCAUGUCAAUGUUCUAGAUUUUGAUGAAAGGAAAUUCCAUAUAACCUACUGGACAGGACUUUGCUAUGGCAACUUCUGUUUGGGUGUCUCAGGACAGGACUUUGCUAUGGCAACUUCUGUUUGGGUGUCUCAGGACAGGACUUUGCUAUGGCAACUUCUGUUUGGGUGUCUCAGGACAGGACUUUGCUAUGGCAACUUCUGUUUGGGUGUCUCAGGACGGGACUUUGCUAUGGCAACUUCUGUUUGGGUGUCUCAGGACAGGACUUUGCUAUGGCAACUUCUGUUUGGGGUGUCUCAGGACAGGACUUUGCUAUGUCAACUUCUGUUUGGGUGUCUCAGGACAGGUCUGAGCCAUAAUCAGAAUGUGUCUCUGUCUCCAGCCCUGCCAUUUCUACCUGUCCUGAUCUAGUGUUUGACCCCUGACCUCCUCACACCGUUUCACUGUCCAUGUCUGCUUUUAGCUCCCACCUCUACUUCACUGUGUUAUAAUGGACCUUAUGCUUGUUAUGUCACCUCUGUAACCAGCUAUCAAACAUACUGACCUUUCUGACUCUAUCCCAUGGCCAUAACUUGUAGAACUGAACAUUUAAAUUCCUCUAUGAGUUUUGUUUAGUGUCCAUUUACUUAUUUAUGUAUGUAUUUGUUGUAUAUGGGGGUUGUGCUGCAGAGCAUCAUGGGUGUUUGUAUGUGUUGAGAUGAUCACGUUCCAGAUAAAUGGUUGAACUGA